AUGGCACCUCAUCGCAAGAACUCUCAAUCCUCUCAAGGCGAUGCACCGGAUAUCGCUAGAGCUAUAGAAGCCAUGGUGGCGGCCAUGACGCAGCAGAAGGAGAACAGGGCGGCUGCACCUGCAUUUGGUCCUGAGCCACGACUGCCAGUCAGAGAGUGGAGUCUGGAAGACUUCCUGAAACACCAUCCAGUGAAAUUUAAUGGGAAGACUAGUCCUGAUGCCGCAGACCAAUGGCUGAAGGAUCUAGAGCGGAUCUUUGAUGCGAAGAUGUGCCCUGUGGAGAAUAGGCUGGCGUUCUCAGUGUACAUGCUCACCGGGGAAGUUGAGCAUCAAUGGAUCAGCAUGAAAUCCAUCAUGGAAGAGCGAGAGGAGCCAGUGACUUGGGAGGCCUUCAGGGGGAAAUUCCUCUCGGAAUAUUUCCUAGACAGCGUCUGGUAUGACAAGGAGGUGGAAUUCCUCCAGCUGACUCAGGGAGGCAAGACCGUGGCGGAUUAUGCUGAGAGGUUCAAGCAUCUCAGCCGCUGCUAUACCUUGCCAUUUGAUGAGGAGUGGAGAUGCCGGAAAUUCGAGAACGGCCUUAGGGGAGACAUCCGCUUGAUGGUAGCCCCUCUAUCCAUCAAGGACUUUGCUGCACUGGUGGAGAAAGUGCAAGUGAUGGAAAAGAUGAAGAACGAAGUGGAAGGCCAGCGCCCACAGCAACCCCAGAGGAUUGGUGGACCAUCUGGGUCCAAGCUGAGACAUGAGGAGCGAAGGAGACCAUAUGAUAGACCCUAA